AUGUUAUCCCGUUCUUGGACAGCUGCGCUUAGGCAGCGACGAACAGGUCGACAGACAAUCAUAACCCUUACUGUUCUUGGUGGCGGAAUCUAUCUUGCACCUAAAUCAACUCGACUCGCAUCGACCUUCUUCAGGCAGAGACAAAUGGCUAUUGACAUUCAUCCACCACAGGCCCCGCUUCGAUGGGAUCACUCCCCAGAAGAUGUUAUGUCGUUUACCAAGGAGGCGAUUGAAAACUCUCGCAAUAUGCAAGACACCGUCGCUUCGCUCUCGGAGAGCGAGUGCAGCUUUGGCAGCGUCUUCCUCCCAUUAGCGCUUGCCGAAGCCCACCUGGAUGCGACAACUGAACCUCUCUCUUUCUAUCAGAAUGUCUCUCCCAACGAGAAACUGCGUGACGCUGCGACGGAGGCCGAGAAGUUGGUCCGUGAAUUCGAAGGGAGAAAAGUGACAAAGGAGGAGCAGAGGCUAGUCGACAAGAUGAUCCUUGAUGGGAAACGUGCUGGUUUGGCUCUUCCCGAGGAUAAACGGGCCGAACUCAUGAAGCUAAAAAAGGAGCUAUCCGUCGGAACGGUUGCUUUCACUCGUGAAGAGCUCAACGGGGUCCCCGAAGAUGUCAUCAAUGGAUAUACUCCCGUUGAAGGAACCGACAAUGUGCGGCCAUAUUGGGUACAAAAACUGGGCGGAUUACGUCGAGGAGGAGAAGAUGAUCAAGACCUCCAAGGCCGUGAUCACCUGUGGGGGACGAAGGAUCGCGACACUUUGCUCAAGCUCAAAGAAAAGGAACAUGCUAAGCUCGGCCUUCCGUACGAUGGCGAAUUUUAUAUUUGGGACUAUAGGUAUUACGAUCGCGUUUUUGUUGAAGAAAGCCUUUCGUUAGAUGAUGCAUUUAUGAGCGUAGAAUUCCAAGAGAUCAAGGGCAAUUUGUGGCACCCAGAGGUACAGCAGUUCGCGGUAUGGAACGCCAAUUCCAAGAGUAAAGAGGAUUUCCUCGGAUGGGCAUAUUUGGACUUAUUCCCUCGCGAAUCCAAAUACUCUCGCCGCCGUCUGCCACUCCAACCGGGCUUCGACAGUCUCAACGGACGCAACUAUCCCACCGCAGCGAUGGUGGCAAACCUUGCGAAGCCCACUCCCGGUCGUCCGGCGCUUAUGCGUCACGAUGAUGGCCACGUAUUCCAUGGGCUCCUUAGCAAGACUCGAUUUGGUCGCUUCCAUGGCACCAGUGUGGCCAGGGACUUUGUCGAAGCACCCAGCCAGAUGCUUGAAAAUUGGUGCUGGGAGCCCGAAGUUCUUAAGAAAAUGUCGAGCCAUUAUGAAAAGAAAGAACCCCUGUCCGACGAGUUGAUCAAGAAGCUUGUUGAUAUGCGGACCACGACUACAGUACUUUGUGGGGGAAACUGCACUCAAGGAGCUAAAGCGGACCACGACUACAGUACUUUGUGGGGGAAACUGCGUGAAGAAACUUCCCUGGUCAAGUCUGGCUCAAGUGCGACCCACGGACAGGCUACAUUUGCGCAUAUCACCGGUGGAUAUGAUGCAGGAUACUAUUCGUAUGCCUACUCGCUCGUCUUUGCUGCCGACAUGUACAAGACGGUGUUCAAGGGUGCUCCACUAGAUCCUGCUCGAGGCUCCGCGACUUCCUCCUGGUCCUCCAGGAAACUGUUUUUCGGCAACGCGCUCGAGAUACGCAAAGCGCCGUUCUUGUGGCUCAAGCUAAACGAAUACGCUCAGACAUAUGGGGGCAUAUUUACCUUUCACCUACUCGGUCGACCGACCGUAGUUUUCAACUCUCCAAACGCGGGGAUCGAUCUCCUAGAAAAACGAGCAACCAACUUUGCGACGCGCCCUCCGAUAUACAUGGCGGAAUUAAGCGAUCCUCUUUGUUCCCUAUGGCCCACGUCUACGCUCUUACCGUCGACUCCUACACCAAACUCUAAACCCGCGAGCCACCCUCGAUUUCGAAGAUCUUCAAAUACAGGAGUCCGAAAGUUGAUGAAGCGUCUUUUGACGCGUCCCGAGGAUUUUCUAGAUCAUGCGAAAUUAUACGCCGGAGCUGUCUCUAUCCGUAUUGCAUACGGACAUACAGCUCGCGACUUUAGCGAUGAAUUCAUCCAAGGUGCAGAGGAGUUUAUGAGAGCCCUUUCGGAAGCAAUCCUUCCAGGGAGAUGGCUAGUUGAGACAAUCCCAUCGAUGAGGUAUACCCUCCGGUUCCCAGGUGCUACAUUCAAACGCAAGACCGAACAAUGGGCAAGGAUGACGGUUCAGUACCGACAAGGUCCGUUUGAUUAUGUACUAAAGCACAUGACCGAAGGAACUGCUGAACCUUCGUUUACGUCGAAAUUGUUGGACCCUGCGGACGGAAGUCAAGUCGGUGAAUCCGAGAGGGAUAUGAUCAAAGUCAAUUGUGGCAUCCCAUCUGUAUGGCGCCGGAGCAGACACAACCGCCUCGAUAUCCAGUCGUUUUUCCUUGCCAUGACGCUGUACCCCGAUGUUCAGUCUACCGCCCAAGCCGAACUUGACGCUUACCUCGUCUCCAACGGACGUUGA